AUGGCCAAGGCGGAGGAGCGCCGCCUGACCGACGUGUCAAUCUCGUGGACCGACGCCUCUGGCCAGCGCCUCCAACUUGGGCCGUCCAAGGACGUCAAGACUACACUCCUUCUACGAGAGGACCCCAAGACAUGGGGUUGGAUCCAGGUUACAUUCCCAAGCACCGACAUCGCCCAUGCCAGACGGAAAUCCAAGGGCGCCAAGCCCCGACUCUUGCCCACGCCUGACCGCAACAUCUUCAUCGACUUGCUUCCUCCAAACAUUGACGUGUUUGCCACCACCUUUCAGCCCCGUGACGAGCCCGACUCUGUUCUCGUCGUCGAUGUAACCCUGGAAGACCCCGAUGUGGUCUGGAUCAGAGCUCGAGAUGCCGGCUCGGUUGCCCUCAACGAUGCCCAGAUGGAAGCUGUCCACCUCUUGGAGUUAUUCUCCGAGACUUCCCGACUCAGAAUUUCCGUUCCUUCCGACAAGAAAGUCAAGAAACACAGCUGGGACUGGGACAAACACUUUGCCAAUGACACAGCUAGAACGGCGUACAACUACGGCUUCGUUGUCGACAAGCGCCGCCGCCGUGGAUUGAGGAAGCCUCGUCGAGAGGCCGAUUGGAAGAACUAUUACAUCAGAGGACAGUCUCCGCGGCAGCCUGUUCAGACCAGGCUUCCCUUCAACGUCAAGAAAAGUGGCAAAGAUGUCGGAAUGGCUAGCCUUUCUGACGGGCUCGUUGCACCACAGAACAACAACCUCGAAGACAAGGCUUUCCGUCUGGGUGCCCCCGACGACAAGCAUGCAAAAGGGAACGAUGGAAUCAACAGCGAAUAG